GGCUUCCCUUUUCUCUCCUCUCCCAACAGAUCAUCUCUUAUCAUCAAAACCAGAAGAGAAAAGAAGAUUUGAUCCAUUUUGUGUUCUCAAAUGGAAGAUUUUAAAGCAAGGGGUUGCACGAGAAAGGUUCAAAGCAGUGAAGAAGAUCAAAUGGAUUUGGUUCGUGGUCCUUGGACUGUUGAAGAAGACUUCAAGCUCAUCAAUUACAUUUAUGUUCAUGGCGAAGGUCGCUGGAAUUCCCUUUCUCGUUGCGCAGAUCUGAAGAGAACUGGGAAAAGUUGUAGGCUGAGAUGGUUGAAUUAUCUACGCCCUGAUAUUAUACGUGGGAAUAUUACUCUCGAAGAGCAGCUUUUGAUUCUUGAGCUUCACUCUCGUUGGGGAAAUCGAUGGUCGAAAAUCGCGCAGCAUUUUCCGGGAAGAACCGACAACGAGAUCAAGAACUACUGGAGAACUCGUGUCCAGAAGCAUGCUAAGCAACUCAAAUGCGAUGUCAGCAGCAAGCAAUUCAAGGAUACCAUGCGUUACCUAUGGAUGCCUCGGUUAGUCGAAAGGAUUCAGGCCGCCUCCGCCGCUACCGCGACCGAUAAAUCCGCGUCGCAGAUGUUCUCACGACGAGGGGUUAUGGGGGUUGAAUAUGCGGCGCAACUGACCCCGGAGAAUUCGAGCACCGUAACCGUGGCAUCAUCGUCGGACUCGUUCGAGGCGCAAGUUUCCCCGGUUUCGGAUUUAACCAAUUGUUACAACAACGGCUUUCACGUUAAUAACAACCCUAAUCCUGGUUAUAGUUUCCAAUCCAGCAGCCGAGUUGAUUACUCCGACCUAUCGGACAAUUUCUACAACAACAACCACAACCAUGGCGAUGUCGGCGACGAUUUUCCGACCAACAAUUAUCAGCCCCUGUUGGAUGGUGGUGAUCUUUCGGACAAUUUGUUGAAUGCUGAAGAUUUUUUGUUCUUACAGCAACAGUUCAACUUCAACAUGUGAAAAAAAAUAUACGUCUUAUAGAAUUUGGGGUGAAAUUCAACUGUAUAGAAACUUAAGGGGGCAAUAGAAUA